AAGAAUUGCGACACAGUUGAGAGACCAUAAAAAUUCCUACCCGAAUCGAGAUUUAAAUGGAACAAAAUUCAUUAAAGGAAAGCUAACCGUUCACUUUUGCCAUCCUACUUUGUUCUGUUGCUAGUUGGCUACAAAUCUGAAUUGGAAGCGGCGUAGUAAACUAAAAAUUUUGGUGUUUGCUUCUGGGUUUGGUUGAUUCUAGUUGAUUCCUUGAGGGGUUCUUCGCUGGGCAACGUUUGGGUUGUUCAAUUGCCCUUUUGGGACCUUUUGUUACUGCAAAUUCAGUGUAGUUUCAGUACUUUUCUGGGUUCAUUAGUUACAACCUUUUGGCAUUAUUGUGUUCAACUGGUGAUUUUCGAACACGAGUGGUUUUGCGAGUUGGGUUUCUGGCUAACGAUGGGUACGGCUUCUGCUCGUUGCCCAUUGGGAAUAAGUGCUCCUGAGCAUGGAGAGUUGCGGGUUUUACAUCCCCAAUUGGAGUUCUCGAGGUUUUACAAAUCUUCGAAAUGGGAAGAUCUCAGAGUGAAACUGUACUCAAUGUCUGUUUCAACCACUAACUCCUCCAAGGGAAUGGUACCCUGUAUCAGUGCUUUACCUGAAGUUGGUGAUUUCUUCUGGGAAAAGGCCCCAACACCCAUUCUUGAUAUGGUUGAUACCCCAAUUCACUUGAAGAACUUGUCUCCCAAGGAACUGAAACAAUUAGCUGAUGAGAUCCGUUCAGAGUUGUCUUUCAUGAUGUCUAAAACAAGAAAACCUUUUAAAGCCAGUCUAGCAGUAGUGGAGCUGACAGUUGCGAUUCACCAUGUUUUUCAUGCCCCCAUGGACAAGAUAUUGUGGGAUGAUGGUGAACAGUCUUAUGCACAUAAGAUUCUCACGGGAAGGCGGUCCCUUAUGCACACGGUGAGACAGAAGAAUGGUCUUUCAGCAUUUACAUCUCGCUCUGAGAGUGAAUAUGACCCAUUUGGUGCUGGACAUGGAUGCAACAGUGUUUCUGCUGGACUGGGAAUGGCUGUUGCACGAGAUAUUAAAAGGAAACGAGAUCGUAUAGUGACCGUGAUCACCAAUCAGACUAUUAUGGCCGGUCAGAUAUAUGAGGCAAUGAGCAAUGCUGGGUAUCUGGAUUCCAACAUGGUUGUGAUCCUAAAUGAUAGCCAACACUCUUUACACCCAAAGCUAGAGGAGGGCCCCAAGACAGCAAUAAAUGCUUUGUCUAGCACUCUAAGCAAGCUUCAGUCCAGUAAAUCCUUCCGGAAAUUGAGAGAAGCUGCUAAGGGGGUUACUAAGAGAAUUGGAAGUGGUAUGCAUGAAUUAGCAGCCAAAGUUGAUGAAUAUGCACGGGGUAUGGUGGGUCCGCUAGGAUCAACUCUCUUUGAAGAACUUGGGUUGUAUUAUAUAGGCCCAGUUGACGGCCACAAUAUGGAAGAUUUAAUUUCAGUUCUUCAGGAUGUUGCUUCUCUGGAUUCAACAGGACCUGUGUUGGUUCAUGUAAUAACGGAGGAAUAUCAAGGGUCAGAAGAUGACCAGAUGAGCGAAGUGGCUGUCAAACAUCAAGGUCAAUUGAAUGUGGAUUCAUUACCCUCUUAUCCAAAGCUGACGGGCAGUAGUCUCUCCUGGACAUAUAGUGAUUUCUUUGUGGAAGCUUUGGUUGCGGAGGCAGAGAAGGACAGCAACAUUGUGACUGUUCAUGCAGGUAUGGGAAUGGAUCCAUCACUCCAACCAUUCAAGGAAAGAUUCCCCGACAAAUUUUUUGACGUAGGGAUGGCUGAGCAACAUGCAGUCACCUUUUCUGCUGGUUUGUCAUGUGGGGGAUUGAAGCCAUUCUGUAUAAUUCCCUCCGCUUUUCUACAGAGGGCUUUUGAUCAGGUUGUACAUGACGUGGAUCGCCAAAGAAUACCUGUGCGGUUUGUGAUCACUAGUGCAGGACUGGUGGGGUCUGAUGGCCCCUUGCACUGCGGAGGAUUUGACAUAACAAUCAUGUCACUCUUGCCAAACAUGAUAGUUAUGGCACCAUCUGAUGAGAAUGAGCUUGUUCACAUGGUGGCCACUGCAGCUCAGAUUGAUGACAGGCCUGUUUGCUUCCGGUAUCCAAGAGGUGCUAUUGUUGGACUGAACAGUUCUGUUUGCGAAGGAGUAGCCCUUGAGAUCGGGAAAGGGAGAGUUCUUGCCCAGGGUAAAGAUGUUGCGUUGCUUGGUUAUGGUGCUAUGGUUCAGAACUGCCUCAAAGCACACUCUCUUCUUUCCAGCCUUGGCAUCAAAGUGACUGUUGCUGAUGCAAGGUUCUGCAAGCCACUUGACAUCAACCUUGUUAGGCAGCUUUGUGAAAAUCAUGCCAUUUUGAUCACAGUUGAGGAAGGCUCUGUUGGAGGAUUUGGGUCCCAUGUUGCGCAAUUCAUAGCUCUUGAAGGACAGCUUGAUGGAAGAGUUAAAUGGCGUCCGAUUAUUCUCCCGGAUAAUUACAUAGAACAUGGAACUCCGAAGGAACAACUUUCUCUUGCAGGCCUAACUGGCCAUCACAUUGCAGCCACUGCAUUGAGCUUGCUAGGUCGCACACGUGAUGCCCUGUUGUUGAUGCGCUAGAAAGGGAUACAGAGCUCUUUGCCAAGUUUUGUUGAACAAUGAGAAGAUAAUGCUAUAGGUGAGCGUCCACCUUAAGGAGGCCCUCGGAUUCCCUUGUUCCUUCUGACAACAUUCAGGUUCGGAACUUGGAAACAGCCUCUCCUGCAAAGCAAGGGGUAAGGUUGCGUGCAUUUUUUGCCUCCCAGACCUGCAGUAGCAGGAGCCUCGUGCACUGGGUUGCUCUUUUUUUUUAGAUAUAUUGACCUGUAAUAUAUCUCUGGCUUAACUUUUGGCGAAAUUUAUGUUGUUAUUAAUUCCCAGAAGGUGGAAAUCUGUUUGUAGAAGGAAAAGAAAAGGCAAAAUUUGUUACUAUCUUGACCCCAGUACUUCAGACAGUGAUAUCAAAUUGAUUUCUGCUGAUAACAGUUUAGGGUGGGGAAGAGAAUCACUACACCAAACAAGAGGAGAUCACCAGAACUGUCCUAAUAUUACGGACUCUGGAAUAUGUAUAUGCUAGGAAUAAUACUGAACAUAUAUUAUGGUCUGAACUUCCAAUAUUUGAACCAUCAUUAGUGUUUGGAUCAUAUGCUUAUGCCAUUGAAACCAAGAAUGAGCCUAAUGAAUGAUAUUGGCUCCUGUGCCCUUCAUGUACA